AUGACGCUCGGCAAGAUGGGGCUGACGAAGCAGUACCUCGCGUACAAGCCGGCAUCGAGUUUCAACAUAAUCGCAAGUGGCCGUGCCAACAUCUCGUUCAUCACCGUCAACGGCGUCGAUGGGCGGUACGUUGUGGUGGCCGCAGCCGAGAAGGUGAUCGUGUGGAACAUGAGGUUGAGCGAAAAGGUGGCCGAGUUUAAGCGCGACAAGCAGGAGGUCACACACCUGCGGGCCAGCCCCGAUCAGAAGCAUCUGGCCGUGGGGUACGCGGACGGUGUGGUGGAGCUGUUCGACUUCGCCAGCCAGCUGUCGGUGUGCAGUUUGGCCGCACACCGAUCGGCGAUCAGUGCGCUUAACUUUGACCUGCUCGGCCUACAGCUCGUUUCCGGUGCGCUGGACAACGAUGUGGUCGUUUCGGAUGUGGUGGCGCACGAGGGCAGAUGUCGACUGUCCGGCCACACGGCCCCCGUCACGCAGGCGUGCUUCAUGCAGCGCUACCGCGAUGUGGUCGUUUCCUGCUCGAAGGACACGCAGAUCAAGUUCUGGAAUCUGGAGACCCAAUAUUGCUUCAAGACGAUCGUCGAUCACCGGACGGAGGUGUGGGGCAUUGCGUUGAUGCGGAACGACGACUUUCUCGUCUGCGGCACGGCCGAUACGCAGCUUUCGGUGUACCGGAUUGCCCCGGUGGCGGACGAUCAACCGAUCGAGGAAGAAAGCACCGUCAGUCCGUUCCGCUGUACGGCCAUCGGUAGCAUACAGCGGGCGGGCCACGGCCGUACCAUAAACCUGGUGGCCGACACUAACGGCCAGGUGCUCGGGUGCCACGGUACGGACAAAAAGAUCGAGCUGUUCUACUUCUGCACGAUCGAUGAAGCGCUGAAGAAGUUAACGAAGCGCAUGAAGAAACUGAAAACCAAGGCCGGAACGGAGCCGGACUCUCCGUCCGCUGCCCCCGAGGCCCGCCAGGUAGCCCUAACGGACGAAAUCAAGCGGCUACCGUCGCUGGUGACCCCAGAGAAAGUGAAAUCGUUCGAUCUGCUCCUCGGAAGUCGCAAUGAGCUGCGCGUUUGCUGUACGUUUCUGAAGAACUUUGUGCAGCUGUCAUCGCUCGCGCUGGGCACGAAAGCGGCGGAACCGGUUACGCUGCACACGGUGCAGAAGCAGGGCCACCCGUCGGAGGUACGCAGCGUCGCGUUCAGUUCCGACAGUCUGGCGAUCGCGUCGGGCAGCGCGGAAUCGCUGAAGCUGUGGAGUCGCUCGACGCAAACCGUGCUGCGGACGGUUCCGACCGACGGUGGGUACGUCGUGAGUACGUGCUUCGUUCCCGGCGAUCGGCACGUGCUGGUCGGGCUGAAAUCGGGCCACCUGCUCAUCGUGGACAUUGCGGCUGCCGAGAUAAUCGAGCGGAUCGAGGCACACGCGAAAGAACUGUGGAGCAUCUCGCUAACGCCCGGCAUGCACGGUUGCGUCACGGCCGGUGGCGACACGACGGUCAAGUUCUGGUCAUUCGAGCUCAUCGGAGCGGCGGAGGGCGGUGACGUGAAGGUGCUUUCGUUGCUGCACAAAAACACGCUCAAGCUGGAGGAAGCGGUCCUGUGUGUGCGCAUCGCCCCGAACGGCAAGUACCUGGCGGUGGCUCUGCUCGACACGACGGUCAAGCUUUUCUUCCUCGAUACGCUCAAGUUCUACCUGUCACUGUACGGCCACAAGCUGCCGGUGCUGACGAUGGACAUUGCGUACGAUUCGUCGCUCAUCGUCACCGGUUCGGCCGAUCGGACGAUCAAGAUUUGGGGCAUGGACUUUGGCGACUGUCACCGGUCGCUGUUGGCCCACGACAACUCGGUCACCGGGUUGCAGUUUGUCCCGAAGACGCAUCUGUUCUUUUCCUGUGGCAAAGAUGGCCGCGUGAAGCAGUGGGAUGCGGACAGUUUCCAGAAGAUCAUCACGCUCACGGGACACCUGGGCGAAGCGUACGGACUGGCCGUUAGCCCGAACGGCCGGUACGUCGUGAGCUGCGGUUCCGACCGAACGCUCCGCCUCUUCAAGCGCACCGACGAACCGCUCGUCCUGCAGGACGCCCAGGAGGAGGAACGCGAGGAGCUAGAAAACGCCACACUGGCCACCGGGGAAGAAUCGAGCGUUCCGGGGCUACCAGGACUGCGGCUUCCGUCGAAGAAAACGGUCGGCGCGGAAAAGGGAGCCGAAAACAUUCUCGAGUGCCUGGAAGUGUGCCGAAGCUACGAAGCGGACGGCUGCAAAGGCCCGCUGCCGCCGCUUAUGUUUGCGUACUCGGUGGCCGAUACGGGUGCGUUCGUGCUCACGGUACUGGAUCGGAUUAGUGCGAGCGAUCUGAAGGAAUCGCUCCUCCUGCUUCCGUUCGCUGCCGUCGUUGAGCUGCUCGAACGCAUACCGGGGCUCAUGGCCAGUCGGCGUGACGCUACACCGCUGCUGUGCCGGGUUGUGUCGUUUCUGUUCUUCAUGCACCACAAAACGAUCGUCAGUCAGAAGACGCUGGUGCCCGUCAUCGAGACGAUGUCCAAAACGUUGCACCAAGAGGUUCGAUCGCUGCGCGACAUGAUCGGCACCAAUCUGCACGCCUCGCAGAUGCUACAGCGCGAGCUAGAGGAACACCAGGGUUGCGCCCUGUUCCGUGACGCCACCGUGCAGCGGCGCGAUCGCGAACGUCGGCGACGGAAGCGGGAAGCUUCCAAGCGGACUUUCGUGCAAAUCACCACGUAGGGGGAACUGUGUGCCGUUUAUUACAAUGUAUUUCUCGCGUUAAAU